ACUAUCAGGGUUACCAAACUGCUCACCUAUGAAGCAAUCUUUCCCAGAGAUAACCAUGUUUCUAGCAAGGAGCUGCCUAUAAAUGCUGGGCUUACACUGCUUUUGCCAGACGCUCUGUGACUCCUUAGCUUUGAGCAAGAAGAUGGCUGCCAAAACAGGAUCUCAGCUGGAGCGCAACAUAAGCACCAUCAUCAAUGUUUUCCAUCAGUACUCUAGGAAGUAUGGACAUCCUGACACACUGAACAAGGCGGAAUUCAAAGAAAUGGUGAAUAAGGACUUGCCAAACUUUCUGAAGAGGGAGAAAAGAAAUGAAAAUCUCCUAAGAGACAUCCUGGAGGACCUGGACACAAACCAGGACAAUCAACUGUCCUUUGAGGAGUGUAUGAUGCUGAUGGGAAAGUUGAUCUUUGCCUGUCAUGAGAAGCUGCAUGAGAACAACCCACGUGGGCAUGACCACAGCCACGGCAAAGGCUGUGGGAAGUAAUUAAGAGGUCAGCCAUGUAACAUCUGCCCAACCAAGUCUAAAGGGAAUAGCUUACUAAAUGACCUUGGUUCUGGGGCUGGGAAAUAAUUUAAAAAUGAAUAAAUAAAGUCUUUAUCCAUUCCAGUGCUCUG